AUGUCGAAAAUCCUGCUCAUCCUCGGCUCGGGCGCCAACGUCGGCUCACAUACCGCGAGGGCCUUCGCCUUGCAGGGGUAUAAAGUCGCGACCGCGUCGAGGACGGUGCCGCAAACGCCUGACGGAUCGCAUCUGCACGUUACCGUCGACCUAUCCAAGCCCGAGACCGUUCCCGAAGUAUUUGAGAGGGUUAGGCGGGAGUUUGGAGGGGAGGUGGGCGUCGUGGUUUAUAAUGGUUAUGAAGGCGAUGGCUGCGCGUUUGUUCCGUUACGUGCGUUUCGUGACUGGUUGCGCUGGGUUAGAAUGGACUGGACUAUACUGGACCGACUCGACUGGGACUGGACUGCUUGGACUGGACUGUUCGGGCUGGACUAUACUGGCUUGGACUGGGAUGCCAUGUAUCAGGUUCGCCUGACUGUCAUGUAUUACACUCACCAGACGCCUUGGGGCCUGGAUUACUCUUGGGCCGUCACGGCGGAAGAGGGAGGGCACGUGAAGAAGAUGAAGCUUGCUCUGGCCAUGACUAUGGAUGGCUAG